GACAGGAAAGCCCUGGAAGGGCAGAGAAGAAGCGCCUUGAAGAAACAGUCUAGCAUGGCAGCCUGUUAGCCAGCCCGCUAAUCUAAAGGAGAAAGGUGGUCCUGAGGGACGCGUUAGUGCGGCUGAGGUGCGGGUUCAUGGCCGAGUGGGACGUGUGAAGCUCUGAGGAUCCCCUGACAGACUCGCUGCUCCUCCGGAGAACAACAGAUAAACAACAACAACAACAAUAGCGGCGGCUGUAAUGGAGCUGCAGGACUGACGAGCCGAGUUGACGGUGCAGGAUGGAGGCGGCUCUGAGCCGGCUGAGGGCGCUCAGCGCUGACGAGCUGAGGGAGGAGUUUACGAAGGCCAAUCUGAAGUGCGGCCCCAUCACGGCCACCACGCGCGCCAUCUUCGAGAGGAAGCUCGCUCGAGCGCUGCUGGAGACCGCCGGAAUCUCCGAAACAGAAGGUGUCGCCCCGGAGAUGGGCGGAGCCCCGGCGCCCCCUCCCCCGAGCGCGGCGGCUGGCGAGGAGGGAGACGUGGGCUACGAUCUGGGUCUGAACCCGCCGGAGGAGGAACCGCUGAGCGAUAAAAGCAGAGCAGCCUCCGUUCAGCCCGACGCUCAGACUCCCUCCAAAACGGCCCAGACGUCACCGACGUUCUACGGAGUCUGUCCGCUGUGGGAGGACAUGCUGGCCAGGAACGAAAGGGCUCACGUGUACACAGAUAAGAAGGAGGCGCUGCAGGCGGUGAAGCUGAUGAAAGGCGCUCGCUUUAAGGCCUUUUCGAACCGCGAAGAUGCUGAGAAGUUUGCCAAAGGAAUCUGUGACUAUUAUCCUUCGCCCAGCAAGAGCGUUCCCUGUGUUUCUCCUGUUAAAGCUGGACUGGGCUUCUCUAAAGAGGGCUUGAUGGAGACGGACGGUAUUAACCGGGAGAAAGCGAACAGUUUUAAAAGCCCACGGACGCAAGACCUGACGGCCAAACUGCGCCGAGCAGUGGAGAAGGGAGACGAGGCGGCGUUCAGCGAGCUGGUCUGGAGUAACCCCCGCUACCUCAUCGGCUCCGGGGACAACCCCACCGUGGUGCAGGAGGGAUGUCGGUACAACGUGAUGCACGUAGCAGCGAAGGAGAACCAGGCGGGCGUGGCCCAGCUGCUGCUCGACAUCCUAGAGAACCCUGAGUUCAUGCGCCUCAUGUAUCCGGACGAUCAGGACAGCAUGCUGCACAAGCGCAUUCAGUACAUCACUGACCUUUACCUCAACACGCCGGACAAAGCCAGUUUUGAGACUCCUCUCCACUUCGCCUGUAAGUUCGGAUGCGCGGAGGUGGUCAACGUUCUCUGCUCACAUCCGGAUAUCGACAAAAACUGCAAGAACAAGUAUGACCAGAAGCCUGCUGAAGUCAUUUGUGAAAGAAUGAAGGACAAAAGUAAAAUCCAGGAUGUGAAGCAGAAGAUCAGCGAGUAUUUAGAAGACCGGUGUUACGUGCCCCUCCUACGAGCUGCUGAUAACUCCUCCCAGCCUGUGAUUGGCGCUCCCUGGUCACCUGAGCCAAUGGAAAACCGGUCGCCUCGGUUACCCAGAAGCCCCAUGGACCCUGUGAUGACCGUGAGGGCCUUCGCCGGCCCUUUAAGCCCUUCUAAAGCGGACGAGUUUCGGAGAGCGUGGAAGACGCCCCCUAGAGAGCGAGCGGGACAAUUUCACCACAUUUUGAAAUCCGAUCCAGACCGCGGAGCUGAGAGAGUCGGCAGAGACCUGGCGCGGGAGCUCGGUCACCCCUGGGCAGAGUAUUGGGACUUCCUGGACAGCUUUGUGGACCUGGCGUCGGCCGACGGUCUCCGGAGGCUGGAAGAGUAUUUGAGCAAGAAAGAUUUUAGUGAGCGCACUCACGAGGAGGCCGGCGAGAACGAGACCAGCAACAAGUUCCGAACUCCGUCUCCAGGCAAACCGAAGAAGUUCAGCAACUCCAUCUCGGUGGGGGCGUUUCUGGACGAGGGCGCCGAUAUCUCUCUGGAGGAGAUAAAGAACCGUCAGAACGCGGCGCUGACCAGCUGUUCCAAAGAAGGCCAGCGGGGGGCAGCAGGGGGGCUGGAGUUUCACAUCUUGCCCGUUUCCCAUGGCUCCGCCCUCAUCGAGCACGAGCUGCUGCUGUCUGACAAAACGCUGAACGGCCAGGUGGGGGGGGGCCGGACUCAGAACGGCGGCGACGAGACCAAGCGGAGCUCCGCCUCCUGCCUGCUGUCACCCAUCUCAAACCUGAUGGCGGAGUUUGAGCGCAUGUCUCUGCGGGACGAGGAUGAGGACGGCAGCCCGAGGGAGCGCAGGAGGAGCGGGGGGAGGCGGCCACGGGACGUCCCAGACAUCAGCCGGCUCAGCCUGGACGACGGCGCUGUGUUUAUUGGUGGAGAGCAGGGAGGGGCGGAGGGGGAGGAGCUGUCCAGCGGGAGCUCAGAGGAGUAUUUUCUAGCGGAGGAGGAACUGGAGGGCAGGAGGACUAAAGUGGGGGAGCGGUUGGUUUGCGCCCGCUCCAGGUCGUGGGAUCACUGUAGCUCCGCCUCCUCGGCCUCCUACAAAUCAUUCGACCGCUCAAACGAGCUCAUCAUGACCACACCACCUCGAACCAGGAAAGUGCUGUUCCUCGAAGGAGAUUCUCCCACCAAACUGGACCGAGAAGUGCUGUCUGCAGUGGAAGGUGUUGAGAUCGACCCACUGAAGUUUCCCAGUGUUCACAAGUGGAAGAGCACAAUUCAGUCCUACUCCUGUUCUGAGAGGCAAAGCUGGCCGACUCCAGCUGUGCUGAGGAGCUCCAGACUGCAGACUUUGACGCCCGGCUCUCCGGUCAGCAGCCUAGUUUCUCCAGCGGGACGCUACAGCCCGGCCAGAUACGCGUAUUCUUCGGACUACUCCAGCCCUGGACGCUACAGCCCCGCCCAUGCCAGCUACAGCCCCACCCAUGGCAACUACAGUCCUGCCAGCUACAUCCAGCGCAUUCGCCUCAAGUACUUCGGGGACUCACCCAUUUAACGAAUGCCACCUGUUCUCCAGCAGCGCCCUGCCCAGCCAAGAGCGGUCGGGACAUCCAGCUUCGUCCCUCCAGCCAUAGAACAGGAAUCCUAGCGCUGAAUCUCAGAACGACAACUUCUGUUUCAGAAAAGCACGACUUGCCCAACUCGGACGGGGCUUUGGAGGCAUAAACUGUCCGUGGUACUUUAGUGUGGGGUACGCUGCGUUAUGAAUGGUAGUGUAUAUUUUUAAACAGGUGUCUUUUCUUAUGUAUGUAUGUGUGCGUGUGUACGUUUGCGUGUGAAUUUUGUCCAUAAUUAUUUAUGGGUAAAACAGAAUUAUCAGUCAGAAAAUUCCAAAUUUGCCAUUUUGUAUUAACAUUAAUGACCAUGCCCCAGCCAACAAAAAAAAACCCUGCACCUCUUUGAGGCAUGAAAUUAAUUUAUUACUUACAGUUUCAUUUCUCAGUCUUAAGUAGCACAAAAUCUUCUGGCUAAAAAAGUUAAGUCUGGGGAAACUGCCUUAAUUUUCUGCAGAGGCUAGCGUCCUCUUCUCCUUUGCACCUCUGCACCCUCUAAUGGAAACACUGGUGCUCUACUCACAGUGAAUUCUAACCAGACCUGUAAGACUUGGGGUGGGGGGGUAACCUUAAUUAUGGGUUAUAAAGUAUGUGUUGAUAAUAAAUAUGUAUUUGUAAGUGUGCGUAUGUUUUGCACUCUUGAAAAUCCCCGUUAUGUAGGCGUGAUUCUACCAGAGUACGUCUAUAUGCAACCAUGAAUGACCCAGAUCAAACAUAAAGUCCUGUUUUUAACUCUUUUCUUUCAUUGAUGGUGCAAACUGCCUGGAACAUGUUAGAUUCAGAGACAUUUCAAGCGAUAGUUUGGCUAAAAAUUAGCUCAGAUUUUACCAGCCCACCGCAAAUGUCAGCAGAAACCUACAUUGGUGUCAGAAGGUGGCUUUUUUAAUUUUAGCACUAGGCUACAAAGCUAAUAUAGCUACCAAGUAAUGGAAGCUUAUACCCCACUAAGCAUCUUGCCCAGAUCCUCACUAUAAAUUGUUCAUGUUCAUUGAUGACGAACAGUGUUGGAAACCACAUCAAGUCUAUUCGAGGGUAUUUAACUCCACACAGCAGUUUGCAUGAUGCUGAUUGGUGUACAUAAGCUUCCAGUACUUGUUAUCUAAAUUAGCUCAUGAGGUUACGAGGAGAAAUUCCGAAAAUCAGAUUUUUCACCAAACUAUCUCCGGUCAUGACUCGCAAUAAAAGCACAUCGGUCGGAAAACAUUCUCAGCGGUUCUUGAGACGUUUGUUGUGCACACACCACUCACAGUGUAGUCCUGACCUUUGACCUUUUAGCUCCAUGCUUCGUCGAGCUUCUUUAGUGCCUUUCGGUGAAUCCGGGAAGAGACGCAGGCCACUGCACACAAACCGAGCGGAUCUCGAGCUUUUGUUUCUCGAGAAACCACAACGGUACAGUCCAGUAGCUCUGAGAGCGUUUUGAAGCGGUAGUUUGGCAAAAAUGUCAAAGUUACACCAGUUUCGCCUCCCUGACCCCAAAUGUCCAGCAGCCGGGAAGCAUUUCGAAGCAAAUGUGUGGUGAAUGAGGCCAAUUGGUGGCGCUAUUAGCUCUCAUUACGUGUUGGCUGCAUUAGCCCUGUAGCUAAAACUAAAGGAGCAAACUUCAAACGUUUCUUGGCUGGUGGACGUUUUUUUGGAGUAAACUGCGUUUUUCUCUGAACUGUCGCUUUAAGAACACCUGACUUUAGCAACGGAGGCUUUCCUCAGCAGUGCCAUCACUACAGCGGAGUCGAGCUGCAGUCGCCAUGGUGGUCAGGUUUUUGUUUUUGUUUUUGUUUGUCAGUGCCGGCCCUAAUGCAUGCAGUUCUAGUCCUAUUUUAUUACGUGUCAAAGGAGAAAGUAUUUGAUGUACUACUGAGGAACAAAAAUAAAGUGCACAUUAUCUUGUAA